CCAAAUAACGCGAGUGAAAACUGUAAUAAUAUAUUAUUUACGGUAUAAUUAAAUGGAUGAUGUCAGAAAUAAUUGGCCGUUGCCUCUCAGUCGCAUUAAGCUUAUCAACUAGAUUAAUUAACUGAAUCUUUAAAAACAUUCCUUGUUCAAAAUGCCGCCGUCCGGUCGCAUAUGGGAUAAAGUGUCAAAUAUCGACCCAGAGACCCUUGAUGACGGUGAAAAAGACGAACUGGAUGAAGUCUUCCGCAUUUUUGUAGCGACUGAAGAAUGGGAGGUGAAGGAUAAAGCUGCAGAGAACAUUAUUGGAGUCCUUCGAGUGGGUCAGGCCCUGUUAAAGAUUAAAGAACGGGAGGUUAAACUUCAUGAAAGCUUCAUCGAUGACAUUUGCAUACAACAUGUCAAAACAGAAAAUGAACUUCGAGCAAAGGUGUCCAAGCUGGAACAGGAGCACAAGCAGCUUGGCACUGGGCCAGACAGCCGGUUUCUUAGGGAUGAGAUUCGGCAGCUCGAGGCUCAGCUGGAGCAACAGGAGAAGGAAUUGACCCAGUUAAAGAAAGACAUGGGCAAGGAAAAGAACACCAAUGAAGAGUUAAUGGUGCGGUUGGAGGAGGCUGGGGACGAGGUGAAAAAGUUGAAACGAGAGUUGAAAAAAUCUAAGAAGAAGAACGAGCAGCUCCAGCAGGAUGUGGAGUUCUACCAUGGAGAGCUGGAACAGAAGGACCCUCUUCCAUCCAGAGACGAGAACGCAGAGACUCAGAGGAAGCUCAGCUUGGCCAACCGCCAGCUUUACCAGUGCUUGGAAGACCUUCAGCGAGCAGAGGAUGAAAACACACAUCUGAAGACACAGAACGAGCAGCUGCAGAGGAGCCUGGAGGAGUCUGUGAAGGAGAUGGAGAAGAUGACAGAUGAGUACAACAAGAUGAAGAUCGUCGUGCAGCAGACUGACUCAAUUAUGGACCAGCUCAGGAAAGAAAGGGAUCACACGAAGCUUCAAGUUAGAGAGUUGACAGACAAAAUUCAUAGCAUGACCGAAGAGAACGACCCAAUUAUGGCAGCUGUCAACACCAAAGUGGAGGAGUGGAAGAGGGUGCUCUCUGGGAAGGACGAUGAAGUUUUGGUGUACCAGCAGAUGAUCCGUGAGCUGAGGGAAAAGCUGCGCUCAGCCCAGCUGGACUUGGACAAAAGCAAUAUAAUUGCCCUGCAGCAGGUCAUAUAUGAGCUCUGUGGUGCUCUCCAAGAACGGGACAAUCAGAUCAAGAUGCUGAGCGAGCAGGUGGAGCAGUACACCAGAGAGAUGGAAAAGCACGCACAACUCAUAGAGGAGUUGAAGAUGUCCACAAACAAAGACAAAGGUGUGCCUUCAACAUCACAGCAGAGGAGGAUGGAGGAGCUGAGGUCCAAGCUGAAAGCUGCAGAAAUCAGAGCGAUGGAAGCAGACCGAGCUUUCCGACAGGCAGAAGCUCACGCUGAGGAAAAAGACAAAGCUUUCAUUGAGGCUUCAAAUCGCUUGAGCCAGUAUGAGUCUGGCACUUAUGGCCUGGAAGCAGCCAUUGCCGAGAUCAAAGAGUGUAACAAUCAAAUUAGAAUGAAAGAUCGUGAGGCAGAGGCCAUGACCAAAGAGAUCAACCAGCUCGAGCUGAGAAUCAAUGACCUCAUGGACGAAAAUGAGGAGUUCCGGGAAAAACUGGGUCUUGAGCUGAAGCAGGAAGUGGAUCUGACAGAAUAUAGGCGUGCCAGGGAGCUCAGGCAACGCCAGUACAAAGCUGAGAACCAAGUUUUAGCCAAAGAGAUUGAACGGCUAGAAGAAGAGCGACUGGAGAUGAAGAAACAAGUCAGGCGCAUGGUGAAAGAAAGAGCUGUGUCUGCAGGAAUCCCACAUGCAAGUGUGCAGCUGGAGGAAGAUGCCAGGUCCAGCAGAAAAGAACAGGCACUGCUCAAACAAGGAUACAUCUACACUGAUGAUGAGAUCAGGCGCAAGAAUGAAUACCUGGAGAAAGAACUGAGCAGCAAGAAGAGAGAGCUGGAACUUCACAAGAUUGAGUUUCAGGCUCAGUUGGAAGACCUGUCGAAAGCAAAGAAAGAUUUGGAGGCUUUGCUGAAAGAUGUUUUUCAAGCUACGAGGAUCAAUCAAGAGAUCGGUUCUGAUGCAGUCAUUAUUAGCAGUCUGAGAAGCUGGCCCAAUGCUUUAGAUGUCAGCAGCCCAGGUGGGCAGCCUGAGGCUGACCUCAAGUCCCAAAUCCAUCAGCUGGUGGUGCGAAAUGAAGAACUGAGGCAGGAGUUGAAAUCAGCUCGCGAGGAGGGGACCAGCAGCUUCACCCACCUUGUCAGAGCCAAGGAAAAGGUGAGCCAGCUCCAAACUGAGCUGGAGCUGCUCAGGAAAUCAGGCAGCGGUGGAGUCCUCCCUCAACCUCUGACCCUCCCUAGGGGCCUGGGACCUAGCAGCACAGAGGUCAUCAGCUCCUUGAAUGAAUAUGCCGUGCGGCUGCUUCAGGAGCUAAAAAACAAGCAGGAAAAAAGCAAGAAACUUACAGAAACUCUGGAAGAAUACAAAGAGAAGUUUGCUGUCAUAAGCCAUCAACAGGGACUCCUCUAUAAGGAAUACUUGAGUGAAAAGGCAGAGUGGCAAAGAGAGAAGCAGACGUCCAUGGACACGAAGAGUAGGCUGGAGGAGCAAAAGCAGGUGGACGAUGUGAAAAUUCAACAGUUUAAUGAUCUGCUGGACACACUUCACAGAGACCCGGAGGACAUUAGGAGACAGCUGAGUGAAGCUUUCCGCAAGCUCACUGUCCUGAAGGUCAACGAGAAGAAAUUAACACGGCGCUACUCCACUCUGCUGGAACAAGAGCAGCUCCUUCGCAAAGAAAACAGUCAGUUGAGGGAUGAAAGCAGCCAUAUGCAGGCUUCUGUCAUCCAAAGGAUGGGUUACCUGCAGAGAUAUAAGGAAAUGGCAGCCUAUGAGAUAACUGCCCUGCAAAAGGCCUUGGACAACAGCGUGCCUGCGUCAGAACUUGAGAGGGCCAAUAAGCAGUACACAGACCUAACAAUCAAAUACAGAGAUGUGCUCCAGAAGGACAGCCUUCUUAUACAGAGAACCACCAACCUUGAACAUUUAGAGAGUGAAAACGAGUCUCUUCGAGAACAAAUCUCUGCCAUUAAUAAAGAGCUGGAGAUCACGAAGGAGAAACUCAAUACCUUGGAGCAAGCAUGGGAGAGCUCCGCUUCAGUCGGCUCUGAAACUGGCAUGGCCAAGGCUGACAAGGCAUCAAUCAACAAUGAGAUGAUAUCUGCUGCACGACGAAUCACAGCUUUAGAGAUGAAGGAGCUGAACGAGAGGCAGAGGGCUGAGCACGCCCACAAAAUGUACGAGCACAUGAGGAACUCCCUCAGACAAGUGGAGGAACGCAACUCAGACCUGGAAUCCAAGUUUGCUGAGUUGACCAAGAUGAAUGUGGAGGCCCAAAGGAUUGAGCGGGAGCUAAGAGACGAGCUGGCGGGCAGCACCAGUAAAACCAUCAGCGACGCUGACAGAGCCAGGAUCGCAAAGCUGGAGAAGGCAGAGGUUGAGCUAUGCGUCGAGGUUUCCAGGCUGCAGGAAGUCUCUGAUGUGGCCAUGUCCCAGGUGUCUGCUCUCCAGGCCAGACAGAAGUCCAAUGAUAAAGAAGUAGAAGGUUUAAGGAGACAAAUACGUGACUAUCAGUCACAGUCAGAUGAGAAGGCUCUGAUUGCGAAGCUUCACCAGCACAUCGUGGCUCUGGAGCUCAGUGAGUCAGCGGCUCUGGGAAAACUCGAGGUGGCUGCCUCUCACAUCCAGCAGCUGGAGGCCUACAAGCUGCGUGCUGAGCAGCAGCUGGAGGCCAGUGAGCGAGCGCUGUUCCUCGCCCGCCAAGAGGGCCAUAAUCGCACCACUCGCCUUCGGCAGACCAUCCAGUCUCUACGCAGGCAGUUUGCUGGAGCGCUGCCCCUCCAACAGCAGGAGAAGUUCUCUUUGACAAUGUUGAAACUCCAGGAGGACAGAGCUAAAGCCCAGGAGGAGAGGAGGGGAGCAGAGAAGGAGAGGCGGAGAGCAGAAGGAAGAGCUCAGGAGCUGGAACUGAGACUGCGAGGUCUGGAGGAGCUUAUCUCAACCCUAAGGGAUGUGAAGGGGGCUCGGAAGGUAACAGAGUGGCACAAGAGGAUGGAGGAGGCUCGCCUCCAAGAGCUGAGGAAGGGCAGGGAGCUGGUGGUCCAGAAGGAAGAAAUCACCUACCUGAAGAAACUUGUUGAGGAGCAGGACCGAACAAUCUGUUCUUUGGAAGAGGAUAUUGUUCAGCUGAACGUUCUUCAAGAAGAGCGCCAGCUCGCAUGGGAUCAGCGGGAGGUGGAGCUGGAGCGCCAGCUGGACCACUAUGAGAAGCAGCAGAAUGACAUUCUCAACAGGGCUGAAAAGUUUAAUGAAGGUGCAGGGUCCCUCCCUGACCCAACGCUGCCUCUUGCUCAUCAGUUAGAGUUCGCCUUGAGUAAAAUCAAAGAGCACGUUCGCACAAAUUUGGACCUUCAGGGAACGUGCAAAAGUUUGGACCAGAAGCUGAAAGAGAGUGAAGUGGCUUUAUUGAAAGCAGACAAGAACAUCAUGUCCAGGGACAAAGUGAUCAACGAGCUGCGUCUCCGGCUCCCAGCAGCCGCUGACAGAGAGCGUCUUCUUGCAGACCUUAGAAGGAACGACGAGGAAGAGCCUGGCAGCCAGCCAGCCCUCAAGUUGGCCCACCAGACCAUCAAAGAUCUCCAAAGUCGACUUGACAAGAAGGAAGAUGUGUUGAAGAAAUACCAAAACCAGCUGGUUCAGGCCCGACAGGAUCAAGAGGAGAUGAUAAAAAGACAUCAAGAAGAGUUGAUAAUAUUACAUCAGAAGCUGGACUUGCACACAGACACUUCUCUGGAUCAGUUCAAACAGACAGCAAUGGAGCUGAUGAAGAAGCCCACUAUCAGAGUGCCAACAUCUAAACACCUGGAGCGUCUGGCUGAGUUGGAGCAGACUGUGGCUGACCAGGAUGCAUCGCUCAGCUCUGUCACAGAGAAGCUGAGGCUGACCACAGCUGAACUGGAGCGACAGAGGCUCACCGUGGAAACACAGGCUAAAAGGCACACUGAGGAGAUGGCAAAGCUGGAGGAAAAUUAUGUUGGGCAGGUGAAACCUUUGACCCGUGAGCUGGAGGACAAGAGCAGUCAGAUGGCUCAGAUGGAGAAGGAGAUAAACUACCUCCGUACUGAGCUGGAAGCUCAGAAGGAGGCCAACACUCGCUCCCCAAGCAAUACCAUGAAAAACCUGGUGGAACGACUCAAAGCACAACUCACUCAGAAGGAGAAACAGCUCAAGGCUCUCAGUAAGGCUCUACUGGAGUUGCGGGCAGAGAUGACGUCUGCUGCAGAGCAGCAAGUCAUAGCCAGUGCUGCACAAAAAGAAGAGAGUCUUAAUGUACAGAUGCUGGUUGACAAACACACCAAAGACCUGAAGGCACAGGUACAGGAACUGAAUGAAGAAGUUCAAGCUGCCAAGGAGUCUGCCAAAGCAGCUAGGAACAGAGAGAAUAUUCUGAAAGAGGAGGUCAAAGGACUAAACCAAGAUUUCCAAAAAUAUCAAAAAACUCUGAGACGUCUGCAGGCUGAAAAAGAGGAGCGAGAGCAAGAAGUAAAGGGGCUCAGGCAGCAAGUACAGAGGCUCACCAGCUCCAUGCAGAAUCAGACAGAGGCAGCUGGGAAAGGAGCCCUCAUAGAGAAUCUGCAGAAGAAGAUCAGGAAGCUAGAGUCUGACCUGGAGAAAAGAAGCGAUGUAAAAAACAUCAAAGAUGAUCAUGGAAAGACUAGAGAUGAAAUUGUAAGGUGGGAGGAGAGCAAAAAAUGGCAGGCUAAGAUAGAAAAGGUGAAGAAUUCCCUGAAGGAGAAAGAACAAGAUAAUGGAUCAUUGUCAAAGCAGCUCAGCACUCUUAAGGAUCUUUAUGCCAGACUGGAACAGGAGAAAGCUGCAUUGCAGAAAAAACUGAAAGGUCGAGGUGUAACUGCUGACCAGGUGGUGGGGGCGCGAGCCAGUGAAAUGGAAAGAGAGAUAGAAGAGUUGAAGAAGAGGAAUUCUGACCUGGAGGCCCAAAUUGAAACUAUAAAGCAACACCAAGCCUUACGUCGUGAUGAUGCCAUGGAGAAUCUGAUGUUAAGGAACCAGCUUCUGGAGGAGAGGCUCCACUCCUUAAAGGGACUGAUAUCCAAGGAACCCCCAUCGAGGCCCUCCGGGAGAGACAUCUCUCAGGCUUUUAGUGAGAUUUGCUCUGUCACUUUUGAUGUUGAGGAGGGGACGUGCGUCGCGAACACGACAGCCCUGCUUCCCCGGAGCUGCAGCCGAUCGCUCAGCCCUGAGCCUACUGGCGACACCCUUAGCCAACAGGGGGAGGCCAUGCAGAGCCAGGCAGAUGGAGAAACUCCAAGCUGCUUUGCUGGAGAAGAGGAUUCUUACACUGAGCAGGAGCGAUCAAGCGUUGAUGGAAAGGCUGCAGCUGACCAAACAGACACAAUCAAAGAGGCGGAUACUGCUGGUGAUCAUGGGGAAGACAGUGAAAGGGAAAUAAGAGCGAACGCUCAAGAAAAUCAAGAAAACAUCCCAGUUGCAUCUGAAGUUACUGUGCCUGAAGAACAGGAAGAGCCACACAACACAAACGGGAAUGAUGCUGGACCUGAUCAGUCAGGGAGGACACAAUCCAUCAUAUCUCUGUCUGCAUCACAGGCAGCAGCAUGUGGUAGAACGAGUGAAAGUGAGAAGAAAGGGCAUGUUUGUGACCCUUAUAGUGAUGAUAUGAAUCACGAAGAUGAUCUCCGAGUCCCCCCUGAGGUGCCUCAGAAGGCUGAAGAAGAGGUUGAAGUGAAAGAAGAGGAAGGUGUGACAACAAAGGCAAUAGAAGAUGAUCAAGAGCAUGUCUUCUCAGCUGAUCCUGAUGUUGAUUCUGUUAUCACACUCAGCAAACACCUAGAGAGAUUUGUUAGAAUAAAAAGGGACAAACAAACACGAAAACAGGAAGCUCUGAGAUACCCGAAGACUUCGGGACGAGGUACCAGCACUCCAUCACAGAGAGACCAGGACCUUUCAAAGGAAAACCUCAAGUUGGCCUCAGAGAACUUGGAGCUACGCUUUCAGCUGGAGCAGGCCAACAAAGACUUACCAAGGCUGAAGAAUCAAAUUGCAGACCUUAAGGAGAUGUGCACGGUACUGAAACAGGAAAAAGCAGAGGCAGAGAAAAAGCUGACACACGCUGGUUAUAGUGGCAAAACAGUCCCUGAGCUUGAGAAGACCAUCGGGCUGAUGAAAAAGGUGGUGGAGAGGGUGCAGAGAGAAAACGUGGCGCUGAAAAAAUCUGGCGUGCAUGCAGAUCAAGACAGAGUCGCUGCUUUGGAGAAGGAAAAUGAGAAACUGAAGGCUGACUAUGAGAAGCAGAAGCAUCAAAGCGAAGCUGAGCAGAUGGCAAAACUUGAAUCUAAAACCAAAGGACUGGAGAGGAUAGUAAUGGAAAAUGAGCGCCUUCGCAAGGAGAUUAAAAGGGAAAUGGAGGCAACAGAGAGGCUGAGGGUGACGAAGACGAGUCUGGAGGUGAGCAAUGAGAAGCUGGAAUCCGAGCUGGAAAACACCAAAGAAAGACUGCGGACAGCUCUGUCCAAAACUGUUACCGUGGGAUCUGACAGCAAAGCUUCGAAGGCCACUGUUGUAACCAGAAUGUUUGAGAACAAGAUGAAGGAGCUGGAGAGGGAGCUCUCCCAGAAGACUUCCAGCGUGUCUGAACUCAAGCAGCAGCUCAAAGAGGCGAAGGAGCGUGAGGAAAGAGCUCAGACGUGGGCGCGACAACUUGAAGAUCAGGUUGAUAUGUUACAAAGGUUUCCAGCAGCUCCAAGGACUAAUGUGGGGCACACCAAGGAGCUCCAGGCUGUCAGACUGGCAACCACUGAGCCAGAGAGAAGGACCAUGGAGCUGAAACAAAAGCUGAAGGAGGACGCUGAGCAGGACAGUGAAGCUUCUCCAGAACCUGGUUAUGGGAACCUGAAAAGGCUUCUGCAAGCAGCUGAAAGCGAGAAAUCUAAACUCCAAGGAGAGGUGAGAAAGCUAAGGAAGGAGCUGGAGAACUUUGACCCGACCUUUUUCGAAGAGCUUGAAGAUCUGAAAUACAACUACAAUAUGGAGGUGAAGAAGAACAUUCUGCUGGAGGAGCAGCUGAAGAAGGUGUGCGAUCAGUUUGGCGUAUCAGCUGAAAUGCCCAGCGUGUCCAUCAGUUAACUCACGGUUAUUGUGUCUUUUACUGAAGCAACAUAGCUUUAUUUUUAUCUGAUAAUUAUUAUUUAUGAGAUCUUCUGUAUUUGCCAAUAAAAUGAAGUUCAUUUUAAA